CAUGGCCAGCCCGCCGCGCCCGGCCACACCAUGCCGAACAGGGCCGGCCUGGACACCGCGCUGAAGAUGUCCCUGCGGCGGAAAUCCUCCAAGAUCCACUCCUCGGCCGAUUACCAUGGGGAUCACUUUAAUCAGCUUUGAGACCUGCUAAUGCUGUAGAGAUCUUUGAAGGACUACUGCUGUUUUCAUCUCCAUGCAGCCAGUGCAAGAAGGAAUGAACGUCAUGUCUCUGUGCCGUCGCUGGAAGAGAUGCUUCUCUCUAGGACCGGUCUGUUCAACCUCGGGCUAUAAGAAGGCGGAUGAUGAGAUGUCCGGAGCCACGUCCGCGGCGGAUCUGGACGAGGCACCAGCCCGCACCAUUUACUUGAACCAGCCCCAGCAGAGCAAGUUCCGCGACAACUGGGUCAGCACAGCCAAGUACAGUGUGGUGACAUUUCUACCUCGAUUCCUGUAUGAGCAGAUAAGAAAAGCUGCAAAUGCAUUCUUCCUCUUCAUUGCCUUAUUGCAGCAAAUUCCAGAUGUCUCUCCAACAGGAAGGUAUACCACCUUGGUGCCAUUGCUAUUUAUUUUAACAGUUGCUGGCAUCAAAGAAAUCAUAGAAGACUAUAAAAGGCAUAAAGCAGACAGUGCAGUGAAUAAGAAGAAAACAGUAGUUCUAAGAAAUGGGAUGUGGCAGAACAUUAUGUGGAAAGAGGUAGCAGUAGGCGAUAUUGUGAAGGUCACCAAUGGGCAACAUCUUCCAGCAGACAUGAUCAUUAUAUCUACCAGUGAACCACAAGCCAUGUGCUAUAUUGAAACAGCUAACCUCGAUGGGGAGACGAAUCUUAAAAUACGACAGGGCUUGUCUCAAACUGCUGGUCUCCAGUCGAGGGAAGAAUUGAUGAAAGUAUCUGGGAGGAUAGAAUGUGAAGGACCCAACCGUCAUCUUUAUGACUUCACUGGAAACUUGCGCUUAGAUGGCCAAAGCCCGGUUCCUGUUGGUCCAGACCAAAUCUUGCUGAGGGGUGCACAACUGAGAAACACUCAAUGGGUCUUGGGUAUUGUUGUGUAUACAGGACAUGAUACAAAACUCAUGCAGAAUUCAACCAAAGCACCUCUGAAGAGAUCAAAUGUGGAGAAAGUGACCAACAUGCAGAUCCUGGUUUUGUUCUGUAUUCUCCUGGUAAUGGCCCUUGUGAGUUCUGUAGGUGCCUUAUUAUGGAACAGAACACACGGCGAAGUCGUCUGGUACCUUGGCUCCAACAAAAUGCUGUCUGUGAACUUUGGAUACAAUCUGCUGACCUUUAUAAUCUUGUACAACAACCUUAUUCCAAUCAGCCUUCUGGUGACAUUGGAAGUUGUCAAGUUUACUCAGGCUCUUUUUAUAAAUUGGGACAUAGAUAUGUAUUACCCUGAGACAGAUACACCUGCAAUGGCCAGAACCUCAAACCUUAAUGAGGAACUUGGACAGGUAAAAUACCUGUUUUCUGAUAAAACAGGCACUCUAACAUGCAAUAUCAUGAACUUUAAGAAAUGUAGUAUUGCUGGAGUGACAUACGGUCACUUCCCUGAGCUGGAAAGAGAACGCUCAUCAGAAGACUUCAGCCAGCUACCUCCUUCCACGAGUGAAUCAUGUGAAUUUGAUGACCCAAGACUGCUGCAAAACAUUGAAAAUGAUCAUCCCACAGCUGUACACAUACAGGAGUUCCUCACGCUGCUGGCCGUGUGUCAUACUGUUGUUCCUGAGAGACAAGGAAAUACAAUCAUCUACCAAGCCUCCUCUCCAGAUGAAGGGGCAUUGGUGAAAGGAGCAAAAAAACUUGGUUAUGUCUUCACAGGACGGACUCCACAUUCGGUUAUCAUUGAUGCGCUGGGGAAAGAGAAAACCUUUGAAAUUCUUAAUGUGCUGGAGUUUUCCAGCAACAGGAAGAGAAUGUCAGUGAUCGUUCGAACUCCAGCAGGACAACUACGUCUCUACUGCAAAGGGGCUGAUAAUGUAAUUUUUGAGAGGCUUUCGAAAGAUUCCCAGUAUAUGGAGCAAACACUGUGCCAUCUUGAAUACUUCGCAACAGAAGGUCUGAGGACAUUAUGCAUUGCUUAUGCAGAUCUAUCGGAGAAGUCUUACAGAGAGUGGUUGAAUGUCUACAAUGAAUCCAGUACAGUUCUGAAAGACAGAACUCAGAAGCUGGAGGAGUGCUAUGAGAUCAUUGAAAAGGAUUUGUUGCUUCUUGGAGCUACAGCCAUUGAAGACCGCCUGCAAGCAGGUGUUCCGGAAACAAUAGCCACACUAAUAAAGGCAGAAAUUAAGAUAUGGAUUCUGACAGGUGACAAACAGGAAACAGCUCUCAAUAUAGGGUACUCUUGCAGACUCAUUUCACAGAGUAUGUCUCUCAUCCUGGUUAAUGAAGAAUCACUGGAUGCAACAAGAGCCUCUCUGACUCAACAUUGUACCAGUCUGGGGGAGUCGCUGGGCAAGGAAAAUGAUAUUGCCCUGAUUAUUGAUGGCCACACACUGAAGUAUGCCCUUUCAUUUGAAGUCAGGCAGAGCUUUCUAGACUUGGCACUCUCCUGUAAAGCGGUCAUUUGUUGCAGAGUAUCUCCUCUACAGAAAUCCGAAAUAGUAGACAUGGUCAAGAAACACGUCAAUGCCAUAACACUUGCCAUUGGGGAUGGUGCCAAUGACGUAGGAAUGAUCCAGACAGCUCACGUUGGAGUGGGGAUCAGUGGCAAUGAGGGCAUGCAGGCAACCAAUUCCUCGGAUUAUGCCAUUGCACAGUUUGCCUACUUGGAGAAGCUGUUGUUGGUCCAUGGUGCUUGGAGUUACAAUCGAGUUACCAAAUGCAUUCUGUAUUGCUUCUACAAGAACGUGGUUUUGUAUAUUAUUGAGCUUUGGUUUGCUUUCGUUAAUGGAUUUUCUGGGCAGAUUUUAUUUGAGCGAUGGUGCAUUGGUCUGUAUAACGUGAUUUUUACAGCGCUGCCACCCUUUACUCUGGGAAUUUUUGAAAGAUCAUGUACUCAAGAUAGCAUGCUUAGAUUUCCACAGCUAUACAAAAUUACUCAAAAUGCAGAUGGUUUCAACACAAGGGUUUUCUGGGGUCACUGCAUCAAUGCCCUCAUCCAUUCCAUCAUUCUUUUCUGGUUUCCACUGAAAGUGCUGGAGCAUGAUGCAGUAUUCACAAAUGGACAGGGAAUUGACUAUUUAUUUGUUGGAAACAUAGUUUACACUUAUGUUGUAGUCACUGUUUGUCUGAAAGCUGGCUUGGAAACAACUGCAUGGACUAGAUUCAGUCACCUGGCCGUCUGGGGAAGCAUGCUGCUCUGGCUCGUGUUCUUCGGUGUCUACUCAGCCAUCUGGCCCACGUUUCCCAUCGCGCCAGACAUGCUGGGGCAGGCUGGAAUGGUGUUAAGAUGUGGAUACUUCUGGUUUGGCUUGUUUCUCGUGCCCACUGCGUGCCUUGUUAAAGACGUGGCGUGGACAGCGGCUAAGCAUACCUACCAUAAAACUUUGCUGGAACAAGUUCAGGAGUUGGAGACGAAGACAAGAGAGCUGGGAAAAGCCAUGCUUCGUGAUAGUAAUGGAAAGAGCGUGAACGAACGUGAUCAUUUGUUAAAAAGGCUUGGCAGGAAAACUCCUCCGAGCCUUUUCCGUGCUCAUUCUGUCCAGCAAAGUGUAUCACAUGGGUAUGCAUUUUCUCAAGAAGAACAUGGUGUUGUUUCCCAGUCGCAAGUUGUUCGAUCCUACGAUACAACCAAAAGGAGAACAGAAAUAGAAUAAAUGGGUUUACCUGAUGGGUGGUGGGAAUAAUGGGAUUUGGAUGAAUGCAUCCACUGUUAACACAUUCUUGACUAGAAUUGGUGGCAGUAGCCAGAACACCAGAGAACUCAUUUCUGUGGCCUUAGCCAACAAGUUUCUGUAUUCUCCCUGCAAACCUUGAGUACAUAAUGUGGGGGGGAAAUCAUUGUUUGACUUCACUCGCAAAGCUCUGCCUAAAGUUUUGUUUAUGUUGUUAUGAAGCAUUUGACUGUGCUAUGUGAGGUGUGAAAUUAAAAACAAUGUUUUACCACUAUUUAAAACAUCAGCAUAAGGUUGUUCUGGGAGAAAAGUAGAAAAUUUAUGUUCCAUGAGAAACAAGCCUUUGCUUAAUUGGAACGGGGUGCUGAGAUUUCCUGUUUUGUUACACCCAGACCAAGUGCACAUGACUGCAUGCAGACUUUACUCCUUCUAGUAUUCACUGUUUACUAAUUUGGCUGAAAUUUUCAACACACCAUUUGGUGUAAAAUUUUUGAUUGCGAUACAAUUUGUAGCUAAAACUGCUUUUUUGCCUUCUUUUGACAGAAUAACACAAGAUAGCAAACAAUUACUUAGAAUAUUUCUUGCCCUCUUACAGGAUUUAUUAGGGAUCUGUCCUAGCUUUCUGAAACCCAGUUAAUAGCUUACUCACAAAACCAAGAUGUGGAAGUCAAAGAGCUUGACAGGGCAGCUGUCUUGAGUGCAUGGCAUUGUACACAAAGAUUAACUCAAAUAGGUGCCUCCUCCUAAUGCUUCAUGAUGUAUUUGGGUGUGCACUUCAAAUGUAGCUAGGGAUUUCCCUCCAUAACCCCAUUUCCAGUUUAACAGUAGAACAAAACAGUGCGAAUUUUGAAAGGUACGAUCUUGUCAGAUAUGUUGAUACGGAAGAUGUGCAUCCACGCAGGAGGCUGAUGCUGUAACCCUAAAGAAGCAUUUCCCGGACCAGGUAUGAUAGGUGUGCAAAGAAAAGUUAGGAAGGGUUUACACACACGUGUGUACACGCUCGUACACAAACAGAGCUGGUCAUUGUGAAGAGAAGACCUGCUGUUUUGUUUGUUCAGCCAAACCAGUCCCUCUUCUAGAUCUGAUCCAUCAACAGGCUUCCCAGGCUUCAGACCUGUGAGCCCUGGAAGAAAUGCAGACUCCACGGCCUUGCUGUGCCACUGGGACAGGCGUGCUGCUGCAUAGGUUGGAAUUUGGAGGG